AUGGUAUUUGAGCAAAGCAGCAGCGGAGGCCGCGGCACGGGCGCCGCGGUGGCUAUUGACUGCCCAGGCACACAGCAGCAAGGCGAGCUGGAGUCCAAGCCGCCGCCACCGCCGCCGCAGCAGCAGCAGCAGCAGCAGCAGCAGCAGCAGCAGCAGCAGCAGCGGUGGCAGCGGUGGCAGCAGCAGCAGCAGCGGUGGCAGCUGCAGCAGCAGCGGUGGCAGCUGCAGCAGUGGCAGCAGCAGCAGCAGUGGCAGCAGUGGUGGUGGUAUCAGCAGCUGCUACAGCAGCAGCAGCAGCAGCAGCAGCAGCAGCAGCAGCAGCAGCAGCAGCAGCAGCAGCAGCAGCAGCAAGCCCAGAUGCAACGGAAGCAGUAUGGGCCCAAGCAGUCACAGUAUAAGGGGGUCUGUUGGGACAGAAUCUGCUGGCGCGUGACAAUCCGCUACAAAGGCAAGCAGCGCUAUGUCGGCAGGUUCAACGACGAGGUAGAGGGCGCCCGCGCAUACGACGUCGCCGCGCUGCUGCUCUUCGGCGAGGAGGGGCCAGUCAAUUUCACGCUUGAAGAGGCUCGGCAGCUGGCGCCGAGCUUUGAUAACCACCCCAAAAUGGCAGCCUUAGCCGCGCUGGCGCAGCGGGGCGAUGACAAGCGGCCGCCUUGCGCCGCGCCGGCCGCCGCGCCGCUGCCCCCACCGCAUCCGGCGCCGUCCACAACGCGCCCGGCGGCGGCGGCGGCUGGGGUUGGCGCCGCCGCGUCACCCCAGGGAAAGCGGCUGCGGAAGACUCCGGCAAGCUUCCGUGACACGUGCUCGCACGCCAGCCCCGCGCCAAGCACCGCCCCGAGGACCCCGCUGGCCAGCCCAGGGCCGCCGCCUGCGCUCGCGCCCCAGUGCGCGCAAGCGGCGUGGGACGGCACAGGGGUGGCAUUGGCGGCGUCCGGCGGGGCGGCUGGGGCGGGCGCCGCAGGCACACAGCAGCAAGGCGAGCUGGAGUCCCCGCCGCCGCCGCAGCAGCAGCAGCAGCAGCAGCGGCAGCAGCAGCAGCAGCAGUGGCAGCAGCAGCAGCAGUGGCAGCAGUGGUGGUGGGGUCAGCAGCUGCUGCAGCAGCAGCAGCAAAAUCAACAACAGCAGCAGCAGCAGCAGCAGCAGCAGCAGCAGCAGCAGCAGCAGCAGCAGCAAGCCCAGACGCAACGGAAGCAGUUAGGGCCCAAGCGGUCGCAGUACAAGGGGGUCUGUCGGGACGCAACCUGCUGGCGCGCGACAAUCCGUUACAAAGGCAAGCAGCGCUAUGUCGGCAGGUGCGCAGGCGGCGGUCCCGCAGAAUAG